AUGAGGCUCACGCUUUACAGAGCCCGUAGGCGGCCGCUCACCAACCCUUCUCUCCUCCAAUUCCUCUCUCCCUCAUCCUCCUUUUCUUCUCCUCCCUCAUCCACCGGUCCUCCCGACGACGACGGCGGUGCCUUCUCGGAUCCCCAGCCUCCUCCCGAAACCAAGCCCUCAGCCACCUCGUUUCUCAGAGAUGUCAGGGCGAGCCUCAAGCACAAAGAAGAGAUGUGGCGGCCGCAGAACCUAGCCCAGGUCAGAUCCAAUUCGCCGCCCUCGAGAAGCCCCGCCGCGGGUCCCUAUUUGGACAUCAGAGAGAGUCUCAGAGAAUAUGGGCAAAGGUCAUCUGCUCCUCCCCCUAACCCAGCGCAAGGGCAGCAGCAGCAGCAGCCGCGACAGCAGAUAUCGUUUCUAAAGCUGUACCAGCGGAACACAGCGGCUGAAGGUGAUCGCGACGGCGGCGUUCAAUCUGGGUUUACCGGCGCCAACACUUCUUUGUCUUUCGAGCAUAUCAGAGCAAGUCUUGGGGCCCUCGCUAAGCGUCCGGGCUCCAACAAUAGAAGGGCAGAUUCGACUCAGUCGUGGAGUACUGGAAGCAUCUUUGGUAAGAGAGCUGCAAGAGAGGCGAGUUCAACAAGGUUUGGCGGCGGUACUCUGGGAGGUAUGACGCUGCAGCGGCCGGAUAGAGCAAAUGAGAUUGGAAGAAUGGGCAUUACCGAGGAGUAUGCUUAUACAGAGCUAGGGGAGGAGUUGAAGAAAUUGCGGCCCGGCCAGAAGCAAGGGCAGAAGGGGUGGUUUUCGUUGAAGGAGUUGAGUGAGAGAUUGAGUAAAUUGAGGGAGCUGGAGAAGAAACGUGACGUCGGACCAAUGAAGGAGAUGAGGGCAGGUUUGGAGGCGGUGGCAACCAUGCGGGAGAAGGAAAAUGAGCGCUCAAGCUCAAACUUUAGGAUUGCGAGUAUGAUCGGCAUAACUCCUGAUUAUCAGUUGACGAUCCCAAAAGAGCACUUGGUUGAGAAGUAUUUCCAUCCAGAUAACAUGUCCUCUCAGGAGAAAAUGAAACUUGAGCUUGCACAAGUUAGGGAGGAGUUCAAAGCAUCGGAGUCAGAUUGUGGAUCUGCCCGGGUGCAAGUUGCGCAACUUACAACGAAGAUCAAGCAUUUAUCCUCAGUUCUCCACAAAAAGGACAAGCAUUCAAGGAAGGGUCUUCAGGAAAUGGUCCAAAAGAGGAAGAAGUUGUUGAAGUAUCUAAGGAGAACCGACUGGGACUCGUACUGUAUGGUUCUUUCAAAGCUGGGUCUUCGUGACAAUCCGGACUACAAGAACUUGUGA